GUUUUAAAUAUUCACCCAUUUGGUUGUUCUAACCUAACUUUAUAAUUUAAAUAGCGAUUUUUUUUUUCAAAAUUUAUUCUCCCAUUCCUAUAUAUUGAACAAAUUAACAAAUAAAGAAUUAAAUUUAAUAAAUCACAUUAUCCUCAUUAUUUUAAAGAUAAAAUUUGUAUUUUGUUGUGAAAAAUUUAUGGUGACCUCUUUAUUGAAAAAAUAAUUAAUAAUGUCCGGUGUAUUUAUACUAUCAAAAUUUUCCAGUUCGAUUAUAGCCAAACUAAAACUUUUAUUACCUAAAGUGCAAUUCACAGAAGUUUUGCUUUCUGAUUUAUCACCUCUUGAAACUGCUGAAAUAAUUAUUGGCGAUUACGACUUGGUAGGACCCCAUCUUUAUACUUUACCCAAACUCAAAUGGUACCAGGGAACAUGGGCAGGCCUGGACAGUUUAUGGCCGCACAUUCUCAAAAACCAACUUCCCAAAUUUCCAAUAACAAGAACUUCUGGAGACAAUUUCGGUCGGAUAAUGGGUGAAUAUGUUGUGGGGAAUAUUGUAUUUUGGGAAAGGAACUUGUUCAAGAUGAGGGAAAAUCAAAAUAAUAAAUUGUGGGAUCAAAAUGUAUGCGAACAUGAUCAUAGGACUUUUGCUGAUUUGGAAAUUGGGAUAUUGGGAAUAGGUUCUAUUGGCAAUCUAAUUGGUAGGACUUUAAACUAUUUAGGUGCAACAAUUUAUGGAUAUGGUAGACAAGAGACAUUACAGUUGGAAAAUGAAGAAUUCAAACACAUAACUGAAUAUUUCACUAGAGCAAACCUACACAAGCUUUUAAGCAAUGUGGAUUAUCUUAUUAAUGUUUUACCUAAGACCGAAGAAACUGUAAAUCUUUUAGGAAAUGAUAUUUUGAAGACUUGUAAAGAUAAAAAUGUUGUCCUAAUCAAUAUUGGCAGAGGUUCUGUAAUUAAAGAAUCUGAAUUAAUUCACGCUCUCAAACAGAAAUGGAUAUCAGGGGCAAUUUUGGAUGUUUUUGAAACUGAACCCUUGCCCAAAUCUAGUGAAUUGUGGAAUUUUCCCAAUGUGUUUAUUACGCCUCAUGUGGCUGGGAAUAGCAGGAGUCAAGAUAUUGCAGCCAAAUUCAAGGAAAAUUAUGAGAGAUUUUUGAAAAAUGAACCUUUACUUCAUAAAGUAGAUUUUUGUAAAGGUUACUGAAAUGUAGGUGCAAUAAAGUAAUUCAGAAUGUAAAAAUUUG